GUGUGUGGCAGCACAGCAAUUUGGGCAACGGCUGGGGAGCUUGGAACUGGAAGGCCAAGGGCGGCCAUGGCGGGAAGGGGGGCGGCGUCAAAGGCAAGGGCAGGUGGAGCGGAGGCAAUGCUCAGCCCCCAGCCCCAAUGGGCGCAGCUGACUGUCUCCACCAAUUCAUUGACGGGGCAGGGACCAAUUUCGACCAGCUGGGACAGGACGACGUCAAUCUGCUUCAGAAGGAGCUGGAGGACACCAUCACAGUUCUCCAGGAACAACUCGAAGAGGAACGGAAAUGGAAGCUCACUGUGGAGAAAGAGAUCCAGACGGCCAAGGCGCAGACCCAGGCCCCACCAAGGCCCCCCAGUGCAGACGGCUUCGGCAAGGAGGUGCAGGAGUGGGGCAACAAACUGGGGGCUUUGGCAUCGAAUGGCCACCUGGACCAGGAGGACCAGAACCUCUGGAGGGCGCUGCAGGCCAAGCUGGCGUCAAUCCCAGCAGAAGCUUCAGUGCCCGUGCCUCCCACUCCUGUGGCAGCCCAAAAUGUACCUGUGCCAGCUCCAGGAACACCGAUGGGCAACACCAUGGACGUGGGCGAGAUGGCCUUCGAAUCAGUGCUGGAGGUCGAUGACGACGCGAAGGAGCUUGACCAGAGCCAGAAGCGCGCCCUGGCCGCCAAGCUGGCUGCGGCG